AUGGCUCCCAACAAUGACAAAACGGCCGUUGCUGAAUGCAUCUCGGACGACGCCCUCAUCCACCUGCGAUCCUACAAGUAUUCGGCCGUCGACAAGUCGCCCGUCUCGCAAUACAUCCUCCGACCAUACUGGAAUGCGUGCGUUGAGCUAUUGCCGCUAUGGCUGGCGCCCAACAUGGUCACCCUUCUGGGGUUCCUCUGCAUAUUGGCGAACAUCGGGUUGCUGGUCAUACUCAUGCCAGAUCUAGUCGGACCGGGCCCCUCAUGGAUGUACCUGAGCUUCGCAUUCGGUCUGUUCAUGUACCAGACUAUGGACAACAUCGACGGCAAGCAGGCGAGGCGGACAGGUACAUCGAGCGGUCUAGGCGAGCUAUUCGACCACGGCAUCGACUCCCUAAACUGCACCCUUGCGAGUCUACUGGAGACGGCAGCGAUGGCACUGGGGACAUCGAAAUCAGGCGUCUUCACCGCCCUGUGUCCAUGCCUGCCCAUGUUCUUCUCAACCUGGGAGACAUACCACACCCACACCCUAUACCUGGGCUAUUUCAACGGACCUACGGAAGGCCUCUUGAUCGCCUGUAGUGUCAUGGCCAUUUCGGGGAUUUGCGGUCCGGGAAUCUGGACAGAGCGUAUCGUGGAUAUCGUGGGCGAGAAGAACCUCCUCGGCUAUACCGAGCUCGUCGGCGACCACUCGAUCCGCGACAUCUGGAUCCUCAUCAUUGUCGGCUCGCUCGUGCUCGGCCACAUGCCCUUCUGCGUGCUGAACGUCGUCAAGGCCCGGCGGAGAAACAAGCUGCCAGUGCUGCCUGUGUUCCUCGAGUGGAUCCCCAUGGCCGUCUACACCCUCUCGAUCGGCGCGUGGCUGUACUCGCCGUACUCGACACUGAGGCGCGAGAACCACCUCGUCCUCUUCUGUCUGACCAUGUCCUUCGUGUUCGGCCGCCUGACGACCAAGAUCAUCCUCGCGCACCUGACGCGCCAGCCGUUCCCCUUCUGGACCGUCAUGCUGGUGCCGCUCGUCGGCGGCGCCGUGUUGGGCAACCUGCCGCGGUUCAGGCUCCCUGCCAUCUCGGCGCAACUCGAGCACUACUACCUCUGGGCGUACUUCCUGUUCUCCCUGGUUGUCUACUUCCGGUGGGCCUUCCUGGUCACGACGAGUAUAUGCAACUUCCUCGGCAUCAACUGUCUCACGAUCCCUCGCGAGAAGCAUCUCGAGAACAAGCGGAAGCUGUUGGAGGCCAAAACUGCCGCAAAUGGGAAGAAAUCGCAGUAG